CUCCUUGUAAGACAAGAUAAACAAAAUACAGCUUUACAUAAAACACCUGUGGAACAAAAAAGGGAACCUCUUUUUUAUAUGAUGAUGGACAGUGAUAUGUUGUAUGUUUGUGCAACUUUGAUAGAGAAGAGCUGAAGUGUUUGUUUGUCUGUUUGUUUAAUUCCAUUGUCGUUGAGUGGGAAUUCCAUAUUAGCAAGGAGAAAUUUUGGUUAUGAAUUUUCUUAAUUGAUACAGGUGGAGAGAGCUUUGGAGAGAAUAGAGAAGUGGGUUUUUUGGAGUUCCAUAGAAAGAUUUUUUUGGGUGGGUUUUAGAGAUUUUAAUGCAUUAAUUUGUUCAUUUUUGGUUUCGGGUUGUUGGGUUUGAGAGGUUUUGAUGAUUAUGUUUCUGGGUAGAUUGAGAUGAGAGAGAGAGAGAGAGAGAGAAUUCUCGUUAGCUGAGAGACAAAUUUGAAGUCUUUCAUGCUGUUUGGGUUAGAAGAGAAAGUAAGCUGUAUUGGGUAGUUUUGAGUUUUGGUUGAAUGUGACUCUUCAUAGGGAGUGGGUUAUGGGUGGAAGAAAGAAAGAGAGGUUAUUUUACAAGGAAACUUUUUAACGGUUCAACUAUUUCUGCAUCUAUUAGCAUGGCUGUGGUGAGUCCUAUGCCAGCAACUCUACAACGGGUCAGUUCUGUGAACUCGUUUCGUGAUAAGGUUCAUGGAAUCACGAGUAGUAGGAGAGAAAUUGUAAAAGAGCCAAGUCCUAGUCCAAGUAUGGUUAAUGAUACACUCUAUGUUGCUGUGGCAAAGGAUGUGAAAGAAAGCAAAUUAAAUAUGAUAUGGGCUAUACAGAACUCUGGAGGAAGAAGAAUUUGCAUCCUUCAUGUUCACACGCCCGCACCUCUGAUACGAACCUCGAUCGGUGCUGAAUUUCCACCAAGUGCACUGAAUGAGCAGGAAGUUCAAGCAUACAGGGCAAAUGAAAGGCAGGAAAUGCAUAAGGCUCUGGAUGCCUAUCUUGUUAUUUGCCAAAAGAUGGGGGUGUGGGCAGAAAAACUACACAUUGAAACUGAUUGCAUUGAAAAAGGAAUUGUAGAACUCAUUUCCCAGUUUAGCAUACAGAAGCUUGUAAUGGGAGCAGCAUCUGAUAAGUACCAUUCUAGGAGAAUGACAGCACUCCGAUCUAAGAAAGCUAUAUAUGUGAGUGAACAAGCUCCAACUUCUUGCCACAUACAGUUUAUCUGCAAGGGGUACCUCAUACACACAAGGAACUGCAAUUUGGACACAAGUAAUGUAGGGGUCAUAUCUCCUUUGACACGACAAAUGCCAAACUCUGAAGUUGGACAUCUGACUCCGCAGAGAUCUGAAUCCGUUGCUCUUAGACAAAAUAAUUUGGCAAAACUAACUAAUCAAUUUCAAGGGUUAUUUCGUAGAGGAAGAUCUAUCGAUGACGGAGUAAGAAGGAGCAUUUCAUCUGCUUCUUCUUCAGAAAGGCUAUUAACUCCACAGAGCAAGUUGGGUAGAGAAGUAGGUUUUGAUGAGUCAGAUGAGCAGUCAAGAUGGAGUCCUUUAGUUCCGUCAUUGGGUUCUGAUAAUGGUUCAGUUGAACCAUUAUUGACCCCUAAUUUGAUUAGUGAUGGCAGUGAGAAUGCAUUAGACUUGAAUUUGAGUAGCCGUUCUCUGAUUGAAGAGGAUCUUCAUCAUUCUUCAUCCCCUAGUGUACUGGAUGGAGGAAUGGAUGAUACUUUCUAUGCUCAACUUGAGCAGGCUAUGGCUGAAAAUGGUAGUCAUGAUGCAUAUGGAGAAAUUUUUAAGCGUGGGAAAGCUGAAAAAGAUGCCAUUGAUGCUAUAUGCAGGGCUAAAGCCACUGAAAUAUUGUAUAAAGAAGAGCAUAAACUAAGGAAAGAACUUGAGGAAACAGUAAAGAAAGCAAAUGAAGAACUAGAUAACAUGAAGAGCCAGACAGACAAAAUUAAUGAGGAACUCCAACUUGCCCGAGAUCAAAAGUCAUCACUAGAGAAUCAACUUGCAUCAGCUGAACUUAAGAUAAAGGAGUUGAACCAGAAGCUUUUAUCUGCUGAGGAUUUGUUAAAAAACAAUAAGGAUCAACUAGAUGAUCUGCAAAUACAGCGCGAUAAUGCAUUGGCAGAGUCUGCGUUAAGGAGAAAACAAGAAGAGGCUUCAAGCACACAUGCACUUCAGUUUUUCUUAGAAUUCUCUUCUGAAGAUAUUAAACAAGCAACAAGUAACUUCAAUCCGUCCUGUAAGAUUGGAGAAGGCGGAUAUGGAAGUAUUUUUAAAGGUAUUUUGCGACACACUGAGGUGGCUAUAAAAGUGCUGAAUCCCAAUAGCAUGCAAGGAACAUCAGAGUUUCAACAGGAGGUUGAGAUAUUGAGCAAGUUAAGGCAUCCGAAUCUUAUCACACUUAUAGGAGCCUGCCCAGAAUCAUCGACUCUUGUCUAUGAGUAUUUGCCCAACGGAAGCCUCGAAGAUCGUCUAUGUUGCAAGGAUAACACCCAACCACUAUCAUGGCAAACUCGGAUUCGCAUUGCUGCAGAACUUUGUUCUGCUCUCAUUUUUCUUCAUUCCAGUAAACCUCAUAGCAUAGCACAUUGUGACUUAAAACCCUCCAAUAUUCUCCUUGAUGCAAACCUUGUUUGCAAGCUUAGUGACUUUGGAAUAUGUCGAAUAUUGUCUUGUCAAGAAAGUUCUAGUGACAACACUGCACAGUAUUGGAGAACUGUUCCAAAGGGAACUUUUUUCUACAUGGAUCCUGAAUUCCUUUCUUCUGGUGAACUUACACCAAAGUCAGAUGUUUAUUCAUUUGGAAUCAUUCUAUUAAUAUUGAUUACUGGUAGACCAGCCUUGGGAAUAAUAAAGAAAGUGAAAUACGCAUUAGAUGCUGGAAAGUUACAGUCCCUCUUGGAUCCUUUGGCUGGAGACUGGCCAUUUAUGACGAUCGAACAGUUGGCUCGCUUGGCUUUAAGGUGUUGUGAGAAGAAUUAUAUGAGCCGGCCAAACCUGUAUCCAGAUGUUUGGACCAUAUUGGAACCAAUGAGAGCUUCUUGUGGAGGAACAACACCUUUCAACUAGGUUCUCAAGGGCUUUGAUAACUUUCUCCUCAUUUUGUUUGUCCAAUCUUCCUGGAAGUCAUGAGAGUUCCACAUGUAAAUGCAGAUGAAAAAAGAGGUCAUGACACUUCACCAAGGACAAAUACUAAGCUAUCAAGUUCUCGACCCUUUUUGAUUAAAUUGUAGCUCGACCUGUUUAUAUUAAAGUUGUAGGAGAAAUAGUUAUCAUUGCGAUUUUUUCCUCUGUUAUUGUAAAAAGUGGCAUAUAAUGUAUUAUGUAUAUAUAGCAAAUAGUAUUUUAGGUGGCAGUGGGCAAUGGUACAAAUCGUCAGAACAUGUAAAGUUUCUACCCAUGCGUUUAUGUAUCUUCAGUUACUUGGAAAAAAAAAAGUAGUGUAUGGUGUUUAUAUGGCUAAACAAUGUUUUAUGUAGUUAUAUUUGGAAGUGGGCAAUGUUGUUAUUCCUUAGUAAACCAUUCAAAGUUUUUGCUAAUAAUUAAUAAUAUAUAGCUUCUUUGAGGAUAU